AGCUGAAGGUACGACGCGGACGGACGGACGCUCGUGCACUGAAAAAGAGAACGGCCGGUCUUCUGCACGGGCGCGCGCGCUGGCACAGUCUGCCUCUGGAAAGUUUGCUGGCGUUUCGAGAGAAUAAGUUCUGAGCGGAGAAACAUGUCGAGGAAGAAGGCGCUGAAGGGGAGCGCGAGCGCGUCCCAGAGCAGGCACAGGGAGAAGAGGAGGAGCGCGAGGAGCUGUGGAGGAGAUCAUCCUCCUCCUCCUCCUCCUCCUCAUCCUCCUCUCAGCAGCGCGCAGUCUUAUCACCUCUCCUUUAAGGUCAUGCUGGUUGGAGAUUCAGGAGUUGGGAAGACUUGUCUACUCGUUCGUUUUAAGGAUGGAGCUUUUCUGGCAGGAAGCUUCAUUUCAACUGUCGGCAUCGACUUCAGAAAUAAAGUGCUGAACAUUGAUGGAGUGAAGGUUAAACUACAGAUUUGGGACACGGCUGGUCAGGAGAGGUUCAGGAGUGUGACUCAUGCGUACUACAGAGACGCUGACGCUCUUCUCCUGCUGUACGAUGUGACGAAUAAAACAUCUUUCCACAACAUUCAGGCCUGGCUAACAGAGAUUCAUGACUUUGCUCAGGAGAAUGUGGUCCUGAUGCUGUUGGGAAACAAGGCUGACUCUACUCAUGAGCGAGUGGUGAAGAGAGAGGAGGGAGAGAAACUGGCGAAGGAGUUCGGAGUUCCCUUCAUGGAGACCAGCGCAAAGUCCGGCCUGAAUGUGGAACUGGCCUUCACUGCUGCAGCAAAAGAGCUGAAGUACAGGGAGAUGAAGGAGUCCGAUGCUCCUCAGUUCCGGCUGCAGGAGUUUGUGAAUAAGGAGAUGAGGGGCGGCGGCUGCUGUGGCUCGUAGACGUGUGUUUAUCUCUCUGCUGUGCAGAUCAAAGAGGAUUUUUACAGUUUAACACAAACAAACAAACACUACAGCACAAACAGCAUAAUGAGCACAUUAUUAAUAAUCUGUAAGAAUUUAGUGUGUGUGUGUGUGUGUGUGUUUGUGUGUAUGUGUGUUUGGGUGUUUGGGUGUGUGUGUUUGUGUGUAUGUGUGUUUGU